UUAUUUUUAUCUUAUCUCUCAGUCUUUUAUAACAGCAUAAGCAGCAUUAUCUUUAUCAUUAGCAAGUGAUAAUCAUAGCUCUUCAUAACAUACAUUUUAUGCCGGUGCUGGAGCUAUUCUUCCAUCACAUUAUAUGUUAUACAGGGGUAACGUCCGAUUUUUAUAGAGCUGGGAGAACAAACACAACACCUAUUAAUCUUUAUUAAUAUAGUGAGUGAGUUUUGACGGAUAGACAAAGUAUGUUGACUGAAGUACUUUUGGCUUUGCUGGCUUUAGCAGCCCUAUAUCGUUUUUGUUUAAAGCCUUGGGUAUAUUGGGCGAACAGAGGUGUGAAGCAAAGGCUACAAGUGCCAUUUUUUGGGGAAAAUUUGCCCAUAAUUCUGAGAUUAGAAUGUUUUGCUGAUAUGGUUCAACGGAUUUAUCGACAAUUUCCAAAUGAAAGGUAUAGUGGAUUUUUCCAAUUCAAUACACCAAUAUUGUUGAUAAGGGAUCCCGAAUUGAUAAAACAAAUCACUAUCAAGGAUUUUGACCACUUUGUAGACCACAGAGCUGUCGUUCCUGAAAAUAUUGAUCCAAUUUGGGGUAGAAACCUCUUUGCCCUCACUGGACAAAAAUGGAGAGACUUGAGGCCUGUCCUGAGCCCGUCGUUCACUAGCAAAAAAUUGAAGGAUAUGUUCGGGCUGAUGUCUGAAAGCGCAGAAACCUUUGUCGAUCAUUUUUUGAAGAAAAAACAGGAUGUGAUUGAACUUGAGCUGAGGGACACUUUCACGAAAUACGCCGUCGACAUCAUUGCCACUACAGCUUACGGCAUCAAAACUGAUUCUAUUAAUGAUCCGAAAAAUGAAUUUUUCUUGAUGAGCAAGCAAACUUCCAUUAUUUUCAACGGACUCAGAUUCUUCUUGAUGUUCUUCCUUCCAACGUGUAUAGUCAGAUUCUUCAAUAUGACUAUUGUGAGUACCAAAUUGAAGAAUUUCUUCCUCACUCUGGUGGAAGAUUCUAUUCGAAUAAGGGAGGAGAAGAAUAUAGUACGGCCCGACAUGAUCCAUCUAUUGAUGGAAGCUCAAAAAGGAGUUCUAAAGUAUGAAGAGGAUAAAGAGAUUGUCGAUGGCUUUUCCACUGUCAAAGAAUCGGAUAUUGGGAAGCAGAUCCGCAGCAAGACAGAACUCACCAACAUGGACAUAGCUUCACAGGCAUUCAUUUUUUUCCUGGGCGGUUUCGACACCUCCGCCUCGCUGAUGUGUUUUUUGGGCUACGAAUUGGCAACCCACCAGGAGAUACAAAACAAAUUGAGGGAAGAGGUGCUGGCCACUCUGAGCGAAUGCAACGGUUCUGUCACCUACGACGCCUUGCUCAAGAUGAAAUACUUUGAUAUGGUCUUUUCAGAAACAUUGAGGAAGUGGACCGGAGGCUUCGUAGCCGAUCGGGUUUGCACGAAGCCCUACACAAUUCAGCCAGAGCUGCCCGGGGAGGUGCCCAUUCACAUCAAAGUGGGUGAAGUCGUUUGGAUUCCAGUGAUCGGCAUCCACAAGGAUCCCCAGUAUUACCCGGAUCCGGAUCGUUUCGACCCGGAGCGGUUCAGUGACGAAAACAGCAGAGAUAUCAAGCCAUACACUUACUUGCCGUUCGGCAGCGGGCCGCGCAACUGCAUCGGAUCCAGGUUCGCCAUUCUCGAGGCGAAGACCGUCUUCUUUCACAUCUUGUCCAAAUUCGAGAUUGUGCCGGUGGGGAAGUCGCAGAUACCUGUGAAGUUGGCCAGGAACAGUGUCACUUUGUUUUCGGAAGGCGGGUUCUGGUUCGGACUGAAAGCACUUGGAAGUAGCGUGUGACUCUUCGACAUCGGGGUUUGUAACACAACGCAACUUUUCCGGUUCUCAAAAGAUGGAUGAAAUAUUCGCAACUUGAAGUUAUAUGAUUAAUUUUUCAAUAAAA